ACGGCCUUCACACCUUUGAUUUUGUCAGUUUUUCAGCAACAAAUGCCGCAAUAGCACCCCGUUGGUUUCUAAGCAUACUUAUGAUGGCACGGCUAUCUGGUCUCCAGAGGGAGGUUCUGUCCCUCUAUCGCAAAUGCCUCCGAGAAAUCCGAAAGAAGCCUGUCGAAUCAAGAAACAACUUCAAAUCCUUUGCACGAACGGAAUUUGAAAAGCACAUGGCUAUCAACAAGAAGGACUUCAGCGCGAUCGAAUAUCUCCUCCGAAAAGGCUCGAGGCAACUCGAGAUAUACUCAUCGUCCGGAAUUCGAAAUAUUCAAUAAAAAUAUCUGCGCGCUUGCAUUAGGCACAGGACCCGGAACACCUAGUGAUACGCACUUUCACAUCAUGGUCUUCCUCAAUGCUGAAAGCUCGGUAACAGCGAGCUUUCAUACAUUUAGAUGGGCUCUACGUUUCUCAACCCAAGAAAGUUGGCUGCAAGUGGAUUAUAUCGAGCGAAGAGCUCGCUAGGAGUACCUUGGUCACCAAAGUAACCAGCUUUGCUCAGCAAUUUGCGCCCUUGCCAGCUGUGCGGCAGGAUUCAAUGAUGCCUGCGUGUACACAAUGAAUGGGGUCCACACUACCAUUUUGUGCUAGGGAAGUAGGUAGGGAAACUGAGAAAGAAACCGGACAGCGCAACCUAUCAUUGCUGUAGGGGAGUUGAGAUGUAGGUGUAUACUACUGUAAAAAUAUGUGAAAUAUGAAUAAAAGCU